AUGGGAAAGGCCGGGGUGAGUUUCCGCCCUCGCGCCGGGGAGGCAGCCGGAGUAACUCCUGUAACUGUGGCGGUCCUGGGCGCCCUCCUGGCUCUCCCCGCCGACAACAUGCUCCAGUUCCUGCUUGGAUUUACUUUUGGCAACGUGGUGGGAAUGUACCUCGCUCAGAACUAUGAUAUACCAAACCUGGCUAAAAAACUUGAAGAAAUUAAAAAGGACUUGGAAGCCAAGAAGAAACCCCCUAGCUCCUGAGGCUACUGCAGCGCUGCGUUCUGUACACACUGCCCUCCUGCCUCUGAGCGGCCUCCCUCACCUGAUCCCACAGCUCUGUGUCUCCCAGCCUCAGCGAUUUUCCUCUUUGCUAGACUGCAUUGCCUUGGAGCAAAAACAGGGCCCUAAGUCAAGAACUACCCUUCAUAGUUUCAGCUCCUUAGGUCUUCUCAUGUCUUCCUUCUACCUCUAUGGGGGGCUUGAAGACUAAAAUUAUGGUGCUAGGCUAGGUUGGCAAGCAUGACCUUUGUUUAGUAGCUUUCCCUUGUUCUUUGGGAUUCCUACUUCUUGUCAAAAGAAAAAUUGCUGAGUUUGUAUAGCUGAUCAGACACAAAUAAUGCUGAAUUCUUUAGUGAUUACAAUGGGUGCUUCUUAAAUACUUGUACUAAACUUUGUUUUGAAGUAUUAAAAUUAAUAUCUAGACCCCAGUUUCUAGUGAAUUAUCCAU